CCCUGCGCCGUUACAUCCCCAAGAACCGCACCCAGUACCGCGUGUGGGCCAUGGUCAACUCCACCGCCUUCGAGUACAUCAUGUUCGUCCUCAUCCUGCUCAACACCAUCGCCCUGGCCGUGCAGCACUACGAGCAGUCCAAGCCCUUCAACUACGUGAUGGACCUGCUCAACAUGGUGUUCACGGGGCUCUUCACCGUGGAGAUGGUGCUCAAGAUCAUCGCCUUCAAACCCCGGCAUUACUUCUGCGAUGCCUGGAACACCUUUGACGCCCUCAUCGUGGUGGGCAGCGUGGUGGACAUCGCCGUCACCGAGGUCAACAACGGGGGGCACGUUGGUGAGAGCUCGGAGGACAGCUCCCGCAUCUCCAUCACCUUCUUCCGGCUCUUCCGCGUCAUGCGCUUGGUGAAGCUGCUCUCCAAGGGCGAGGGCAUCCGCACCCUGCUCUGGACCUUCGUCAAGUCCUUCCAGGUGGGCUGGGGGACACCGGGG